AUGUUUCCGCUUACCCCACCUGUGGUGAAGCGUUUAUUGGGGUGGAAAAAAGGUCCUGAAGGGUCAUCUGCAGAGGAUAAAUGGUCAGAAAAGGCGGUGAAAAGCUUAGUGAAGAAAUUAAAAAAGAGCGGUGCCAUUGAAGAAUUAGAGAAGGCAUUAUCCAACCAGAAUAGCCACACCAAGUGUGUUACAAUACCCAGAGUUAAGCCAAACGAUAACGUAAUCAACGGGCAGUAUAGAAAGGGUUUGCCGCAUGUUGUCUAUUGCAGGCUGUGGCGUUGGCCGCAGCUACAAAGUCAACAUGAACUAAAGCCGGUCGACCACUGCGAAUACUCUUACCAAUUGAAGAAGGACGAAGUGUGCGUCAACCCUUAUCAUUACAACAAAAUCGACUCGCCUGCACUCCCACCAAUUCUAGUCCCUCGGUGCGCGGAGGGCGAAGUACGAGCGCCUCCGCCCUACGACUAUCAGCAUCACGAUCACGAUAGCGUGAUGCAGAGCGGCGUGGUGGGCGUGGGCGUGGGCGCCGGCCACAGCGCUCUGUACCUGGAGGCGACACUAGCCCAGCAGGUGCCGGGCAACACUACAGUACAACUAAGUUCGUCGUCGGUGGAGACCCCGCCGCCGGGCUACAUGAGCGAGGACGGCGACCCGAUGGACCACAAUGACAACAUGAACUUGACCCGUCUCACCCCGUCGCCGAGCAUGGCGGCGGAGGCGGCUCCGGUGCUGUACCACGAGCCCGCCUUCUGGUGCAGCAUCAGCUACUACGAGCUGAACACCCGCGUGGGUGAGACCUUCCACGCCUCGCAACCCUCAAUCACGGUGGACGGGUUCACAGAUCCUAGCAAUAGUGAGAGGUUCUGCCUCGGCCUCCUGUCGAACGUGAACCGCAACGAGGUGGUGGAGCAGACGCGCCGGCACAUCGGCAAGGGCGUGCGUCUGUAUUACAUCGGUGGAGAAGUGUUUGCCGAAUGUCUCAGCGACUCUUCAAUUUUCGUACAGAGUCCCAACUGCAACCAGAGAUAUGGCUGGCAUCCGGCCACCGUCUGCAAGAUACCACCUGGCUGCAAUCUGAAGAUCUUCAACAACCAGGAGUUUGCGGCUCUGCUCUCGCAGUCGGUGUCUCAGGGGUUCGAAGCGGUGUUCCAACUCACGCGCAUGUGCACCAUCCGUAUGAGCUUCGUCAAGGGAUGGGGGGCGGAGUACAGACGGCAGACGGUAACGUCGACGCCUUGUUGGAUAGAGCUGCAUCUCAACGGCCCGCUGCAGUGGCUCGACCGCGUGCUCACGCAGAUGGGCUCGCCACCCUUGCCCUGCUCCUCCAUGUCC